AUGACUCCCUUCCAAGCACUAUAUGGGAGGACUCCACCGGCAAUUAUGCAUUACUCAACCGGCACAUCACCUGUCCAUGAGGUCGACAAAGCAUUGGAGACAAGGGACAACAUCCUCAAACAACUAAAGUCUCACCUGCAGGCGGCUAUUAAUCGCAUGAAGCAAAUAGCGGACUCAAAGAGAAGGGAGGUUGUUUAUCAAGAAGGCGAUUUUGUAUUGCUUAAGCUCCAGCCAUAUCGUCAGCACACUGCUUAUAAAAGAGCCCACCACAAACUCGCUAGCAAGUAUUUCGGCCCGUACCGAGUGAAGGAGAAGAUUGCGAGCGUUGCAUACAAGCUCGAGCUGCCGGAGGGUGCCCGUAUCCAUCCUGUCUUCCACGUCUCAAUGCUCAAGAAAUUUGUGGGAGARGACACCUCUGUUGGAUUUGACUUACCACCAACGAAUGAUGAAGGUGAGGUUCGGCAAGCUUUUUUAGACCUAGAAGGAGGGCAUGGAUUUCUUGUUCCUAAUGAAGUUUAUGAGGCUUUGAUAAAGGUCAGGUUUUCCCUUGAUCUCUUGCUUUUUAUACAAUCUGUGAGAGCUUAUAUUAGAAUAAGAAUGGAAGGCUCUGGCUGGAUGGUUUUAUAG